CAGACACCUGCAGCACGGGCCAUGGCGUCCAGGAGCUUCUUCGUGGGAGGAAACUGGAAGAUGAACGGGAACAAGGAGAGUCUGACGGAGCUGAUGGGCAGCCUGAACACCGCCAACCUGCAGGAGGAGACCGAGGUGGUGUGUGCCGUCCCGUCCAUCUACCUGGACUUCGCUCGCUCCAGUCUGGAUCCCAGGAUCGGCGUCGCAGCCCAGAACUGCUACAAAGUGGCGAAGGGGGCGUUCACAGGCGAGAUCAGCCCGGCGAUGAUAAAGGACUGUGGAGCGGAGUGGGUGGUCCUGGGACACUCGGAGCGCCGCCACGUGUUCGGGGAAGGUGACGAGCUGAUUGGCCAGAAGGUGGCCCAUGCUCUGGAGAGCGGUCUGGGUGUGAUCGCCUGCAUCGGCGAGACGCUGGCGGAGCGCGAGGCCGGCACCACAGAAGAAGUCGUGUUCGCCCAGACGCAGGUCAUUGCAGAGAAUGUGAUCGACUGGGGCAAAGUGGUUUUGGCGUAUGAGCCUGUUUGGGCCAUCGGCACCGGGGAGACGGCGACGCCCGAGCAGGCCCAGGAGGUCCAUGAGAAGUUGAGGGCGUGGCUUAGAGCCAAUGUCUCGGAUGAUGUGGCCGAUUCUCUGCGCAUCAUCUACGGAGGCUCGGUGACGGCGGCGACCUGCAGAGAGCUGGCGUCUCAGGGCGACGUGGACGGAUUCCUGGUGGGCGGAGCUUCUCUGAAACCAGAGUUUGUCGACAUCGUCAACGCACGUGCGUAAACGUACGCAGGCGGCGGCUCCGGAAAAAAGACCCCAAAACACUCUGCCCUCGGCGUUUAGGGAAAUCUCACGUAGCUUCUUUUGUCUGAAAUUUGCUUAAUUUACUUAAUUUAUCACCUUAUAUAAUUUUAAAGCUGCAGUGUGUAAUAAUUAGAAGAACUUAUUCACAGAAAUUGAACAUAUUCAUAUAUAUUAUAUAUAUAUAUUAUGUGUAUAUAUAUACAGAAUCUAUCUUUCUGCUCAGUUUUGAAGAGUCGUGGGCUUUUAUUGUGAAGUUUUCACCGUAGGCACUUUGCUGUUGUGUAUGUUUAACACCGACCGACCUAAGAGGUAAACUAAUAAAUCUAAUGAGGAGAAUAGUAAAA